AUGACAGCGAAAUGGGGCUCAAUAUCACUAGGUCUGUUAUGGUUGCUGGCAUCACAAGCAGAAGCUACUAGCGCUAGAACUUCACAUAAGACCAAGCUUGACUUGUCGUACCUUCACCGUGUGAAACCAGAUACUUUGGCAGAGGUCCUGAAAAACAGGCUCCAAAAGCAGUCAGAUAUCGAAAUAGAUCUGAGUUCUUCGCUGAUUGGAAAAGACAUCAAGAAUAUAGUGUCAAUAUUCAAGGACAUGAAGGAAGAUUCAAUGAUGGACUUGACCGCCAGGAGCAACAAUUGGUCGUCCAGAGAUGGACGACUAUUGUUGGAAGCGGUCUUGACACGAACCGAAAUGCCCAAUAGUGACGAAUCUAAAACGGAAGCCAAACUGGCACCUGACGAGAAAGAGGCAAAUGCAACCAAAAUAGAGGAGGAAGAACCGCCGAAGUCACCGACAUUUCCUUUUCACUCCUUGGAUCUUGGAUGGAACAACUUUGGAGACGAGGGAACAAGCGAAUCCAAGAAGUUUCUCAAAGCUCUACAGAAGCUGGUACAAGAGUCAUCAAAUUCUCCCGAGCCCUUUGUUCUGAGAUUGGAUGUCUGUGCAUUGAGCCCGGCAGCAUGUCGUGCAAUAGGAAAGGGUAUGAUUUCUCGAUACGAUACAGAGACAAAGACGGACAACACAGAAAUCAAGCCAAUGUGCCUUCAUUUGACCAAGAAUGAGUACAUUGGCGAUGCAGGUGCUGCUGCAUUAUCAGCUGCCAUUCGAUCCAUUGCUUCCAAGAAUACUAAUACUGUGGUAUUCGACGUACUAAAUCUAUCGGCUUGUGGGAUUGGUGAUACUGGUGCCGAAGCCUUGGCCAUUGCCUUGGAAGACCACCCUUCCUCAGUGAAGCAUUUGAUUCUGAGCAACAAUCACAUCACCGACGAAGGAGCUGCCAUUCUGGGCCGUGCUCUUGCCAAUUCCAAGGGCACUAUUGGUCGGUUGGAAAGUUUGGAUCUGAGCCACAACAAGGAGAUUGGAGAUGCUGGUGCUCGAGAAUUGGCGCGGACCAUCGAACAAAAUUCCGUUGGCAAGUUGAUUCUAAGAAGCUGUCACAUCCGAGCAGAUGGUAUUAGCGCGUUUGCCACCGUUUUGAAGAAUAUUGGAAAACGCCAAACGGAUCGGCCCAGGAAGAUAUAUAUCGAUCUCAGUGGAAAUCCAAUUGGAAUCCUUCGCAAGGUCAAAAAGUCUGGUGGGUACUCUGCAAGUGCUCUGAAGAGCAAGGCAACUGCUACCACUGCAGCAUACAUGAACAUCAUUGGUAAAAGAGUCCAAAGAAGUCUCAAAGAUAUUGGACUGACCGAAAACCAAAACACUCUGGAGAGCGAUGACGAGGAGGAGGAUCGAAUGAACGGCGACGGCGCAUUUGGAAGUUCUGAGCAAAAGGAAACCAAGUGUGGAGCACUCGCAUUCGCAGAUGCAUUCAUCGACGAAGACGACGCCGAAGAGCAAACUGACAGGCCAGCCAACGACAAACGGACUUGCAGCAUUGCUCUGGGCCUGCGACACUGUUCACUUGACACUCGUGCUGCUGAAGCCUUGGCGGCAGUCAUUCAUGAGGGCAAGGAAAAGAUGGGACUGAACAUUCAAGCAGAUGUUCGCAUGAACAAUGUGCUGGAAGACGACAUGGUCAUGGCUCUCCAAGGGGACAACAAAAAUCUGGAGUCAGAUCUUGUGGAAAUGGCAGAAAGGCACUUGGAAGCCCUUGAACAAAUCCGUGAGGCUCGAAAACGAGCCGUGGAGGCUGCCAGAGCUGCAGCCGAUCGUUUUCGCGCGGAAACAGAGAUGGAAGGGGCCUGGGGUUCUGCGAUGGACAUGGGUGAUGUGUAUGAUGUCAGCUACGACGAGGAUGUUUGGGAUUCAGAUGCGGAUUAUGAUGAUGAAGAGAUGGAUGAUUACUAUUAG